AUGAAGCUGCUAAAUAUUGUUCCGGCUGGAUACCUGUUUCUGUUGGCGCUGCUGUCUAGCACAAAUUACAGCGGAUCCUCGGUUCGAGCUCAAGAACCUCUGUUCGAGUUGCCGGUACAGCUAAUCGGAUUUCCAGUGAUUAUCCUGUCGGUGCGGUUGGCAACCUUCGCCAAGAAGCUUGCGUAUUCUCUAAAUCCAAAGACGUACCAAUCUCGCAGCCGGCGCGAGACCCUGGCCGGUCCCGCCUCUACGGAGGAGGAAAUAUCUGCCAUGGCUGUGGCAGUCACUCAAGCGGAGCGCAAAAUUCAGCAGGAAUUCGGUCCCAAGGCUUGCAUCGAGGAGGAACCCUGCCGGUUGCAUGCCGCACAAACCAGACGCAGUGACGACUAUCAGCCGGAUUGGAGCGACAUUUUGAAGAACUACAAAGUACGGGCAACCGGAAUGAAACAGUGGUACCUGCUGUCGGUGUUCAUCGGAGAUUACAUCCGGGAUGUGCAGUUCUGCAAGCAGCUCUCCAAACGGUUGGCGUGUGACCGGGGUCAAAAGGAAUUCGUUCGGGAUUAGUAUACGGAAGCAGAUGGAGCAUUAGUUUGUAGAAUAAUCUCAACUAGGUUAAAUUAUUUUUUGUAAAUAUUUUGUUUUGUAAAAA